GCUUGACACAUGUUAUCAGGCCAACCGGUGGAUCUAUCGGUUCUACUUAUCCAGACCAUACCUUCUAAUCAUAUAGCGAGUCUUGCUCUAAGCAAUACAGUCAUCCGUUUUCACCAAAAGGUUAUGAGUCCCUUUCCGCUUCCACUAGCCAACAAUAAGCCCAACACCCGCCCGAGCAAGACAACAGCCCGCCCGACGCCAGCAAGACAGCUCGAUGCCAGCACAACGCCAGACAAGCCGCAACAACCGCUCGCGUGCAGCCACCAAAGUCCAACAGCCCGCGGACCCCCUGCCUUGUACACAAGCUGUAGCACCCGCUCUUGGCUGUAGACUUCCAAAUCUUCCCACACGCGCCUCAACCCCUAAUUCACAAGUCUUUACUACGUAGCACACAAGUUUUGCUGAGUAGUAUACAAGUUUUAGCUGAGCACACAAGUUUGCUGAGUAAAGUUGGUUGCCGCUCCUGGCUGUAGACUUGUUGCUUUUCCGGCUUCUACGUCACUGAUCCCGGCCCCCCCUGCCUGUAGUACACAAGCUGUGGCACCCGCCCUUGGCUGUGGACUUCUCGAAUUUUGGUGGGAAACGGGUGACUGCAUUGCUUGGAUGAAGACUCCCUAUCUGGGCUACCGCAGAAUAUGUAUUGGGAGGUGGCCUGGAUAAGUGGAACCUAUAGAUGCACCGGUUGCCUGACAACAUGUGCCAAGCCAU